AUGUUCAGUCUCGGCAUAAUCCACCCUCUUCGAACUCGUUCAGUUUGUAGUGCACAACUUUUCAGUCAUUUGGCCCUUCAUACAUCAUGCAGUCGACCUUCGCAACUAGUAGAGAAAAUGUUAACUCACGUACCAGCCAAGUUAACCCCGUAUUUUCGCCUAGCACGAGUUGAUAGACCAACUGGAACUUGGCUGCUCUAUUUGCCCUGCACAUGGAGUAUCGCUUUGGCAUCCGCUCCCGGACACCUACCAGACGUUUCCAUGCUUACAUUGUUCGGUAUCGGGGCUGUACUCAUGCGUGGAGCUGGAUGCACAAUCAAUGAUCUUUGGGAUCGAGAUUUUGAUCGCCAUGUGGAACGCACAAAAGAUCGACCUUUAGUCUCCGGUGAACUAACCACCAUGAAUGCUCUAGUUUUUCUCAGUAUACAACUGUGUUGUCUAUUCUUCACGCCAUCCAACUUUAGUGUAUUCGUCGGAUGUUUAUCCAUGAUCCCGGUUAUAACAUAUCCUCUGUUCAAACGAAUAACCUAUUGGCCUCAGUUUGUACUCGGUAAGUCAGCCUCAUUUCUUGGCACGUUUCUGUGCGUAGUUUAUAUCCUGAAAACCGAGGUUAUUUUUAUCCAGAAUCAGCACACUACUCUACCAUUGGUUCACUAG